AUGAUCGUCAGUGUGGAAAAAGACUUAAAGAAGAAGGAAGUUGUGGAAGAGGCACAGAAUGGAAGAGAUGCACUUGCUAAUGGCAAUGUCAAUGAGGAAAACGGGGAGCAGGGGACUGACAAUGACGUAGAUGAAGAAGAGGAAAAAGGAGGGGAGGAGGAGGAAGGUGAUGGUAAGGAAGAGGGUGGAGAUGAAGAUGAGGAGGCUGAGGCAGUUACAGGCAAAGGGGCAGCUGAAGAUGAUGAGGAUAAUGAUGUUGACACUGAGAAGCAGAAGACCAAUGAGGAUGACUAG